CCAGACAUAGAUUCCCUGUAAUACCAUCCAGAGCAAAGGGAGCUGCGGGUGGAAUUGCGGAGCAUGUAUACAGCUGACUUUUAGGUCAACAAAAUAUCCGGAAUGGUUUGAACCAUACGCACGAUUUAACCUUUCUAUAGAAGGUGAUGAAGGGUUCUGAAGCUUGCCUGCCUGCACCAUUAUGCUGGAUCACAGUUCUGAUUCCACAUCCAAAGGACAGAUGAAAAAAGUUUGGGACUAAAGAAAUUAACGCAGGUGGAUUCUUCAAAGUUGUGGGGACCAGAUCUGUUAAUUCAGUUUGUGAACCUUGGAGGAAGCCUGCUGUGGAGUUGGGAAUCUUUUAACAGGUAUUGCUAUGUGGAAACUUGUCAGCAAUGACUGAUGUUGAAACCUCGUAUGCAGACUUCAUCGCUUCAGGAAGGACCGGACGGAGAAAUGCACUGCACGACAUCCUGGGUUCUCCAUCUGGUGUAAACACAAGUGACUUAAGCCUUAAAUUAGCAGAGCUGAAUAUUGAUAAAAAAGAAGGGGAUGCUGAUAAGGAAACACAGGCUUCAACAAACCAACCUUCUGGAUCUCAGGAGGCACAAGAAAAGGGAGAAAGUUAAUCUGUAAAGAACCUCUUGAACUUACUGGUGCUCCUCAACAGUUAUUGUGUUUCCUAAAAUCACCAGAAUUUGCUUGAAAAGGUUAAGAAAUUGAAACAUGGGUUCUUUAGAAGACUGGCAAUCAGGAAAUGGACCCUUUAUAUUUUGGACUGUAUAUAUCAUAACAUGCAAAAUGGACUCAACCUUCCUCUUUCUCAAUGGCUGAAGAGAUGCUGAAUUGAAUUAUUAAAGAAAAUGUGAUUUAUGGGUCAAUUAGCUUUAGCAGGAUGAUAGAACAGAUCAAAUAUCUGAUCGAAUUAUCAGACUUUCAUGUGUCAAUAUGUGUCAAUAUCCAAGACAGAGGAUCCUAUUGCAUUUAAGGAAAAAGAUUCAGUGAUCCACAGAAAACUAUAGGUGCCCUGACCAAAGUGCUGUAGUCAGGAAAGCUGAAGUGGUUUUCUUUUGAUUUUUGCAAGUGACCAGAAACAGUGCUUUACUGAUGCCUGUGUGCACUCAGUGCUGUUUACCUGUAUGUGUGUCAACUAGACUAUCUUUGAUCAAAUGUAGUGGAAAGGAUAGAACUUUUGUAAUAUAACUGACCUGCUUGGAGCUUGCAGUAGUUGUUUGUAAAGAUUUGCUUUAUAAUAGUUUGUGUUGUUAAGAUUUGUUCUUGGAUUACUUAAACAUGAAAGUCACCAAGCAUUUGCAUUAAGUUUCACAAGGAGACAGCCUGUGGGCACAUUCACAUCUUUGCAGCUUGCCAUGUUUAUAAUUUAUUUCUGUUUCGCAGUAUCUGUUAAAAGCUAAGCAUUCCCAGAGACACGAUACCCAGUGCAGUUUAUUCAAUUCAAUACAAUUGUUUAUGAUACCUGUAAAAUAUCCACUCUUCAUCAAUACAGAAGUUAUGGGAGAGACAAAAUGUACUUUAAAAGAACAUUAUGAUUUUUAAUCAUAACCAGUUCAAAUUAUUAAAGAAAGUAAUGAUCUUAACUUGAAAUAUUUGCAUGUGUAUUUACAAUUGCUUUAAUUUCACAGGAUUAGCCCUUUAAUUAAUAUUAACAUAUAUAAUAUAUAUGCAUACACACAUCUAUGCUUUUAAUGGAAUGCCUCCCAACAACAUAUUCCAACUUCUAACUUGUGCGAUGUUCAUCUUUGGUCCAACGUUAUGAAUUGUUUUUCUUGUCACAUCCUAAUAGUGAAUAAUUAUGUCAACUCGACUGAACAUUUUAAUCAAAUUCCUUAUUGUUUCUAUGCCUAAUCUUUCUGCGAAUUUGUGAAAUUUUUACUGAAUCAGUUGUCACAGAAACGUUUAAAAAAAGAGAUGCUCUUCCAGCAAACAGACAAUAACAAAAUGUUCAUCAUUUUUUCAGACUUAUAAUUGAGAAUGAACUUUUCCAGGGUCUAAUUAAACAUUACGUAAUUUUGGAGCUUUGUAAACCUUUGAUACACUUUGUGUAUUUAUUUUGUAUCAGUCGAUCAUUCAAGAUUCUAAAAUACAGUUUUACUAAAUUAUUGUAAAGAUUAACCACAUUUGCUGUCUACAGUUUUAAAGCGUAUCAAUUAAUCUUGCAGUUAUGUUGUAAAAUUAUGAGUAUGACAAACAGUAUUAAUUGUUCUAAUAACAUUUCUUAUUGUUGAUCGGUUUCAAACUUCAGUGUCCAACAAUGCUAAUAUCAAUAGUCUAAAUAAAGCUUUGCACUGUUAUCUAAAUAUCCAUUGUUAAAACUUGAAGAGGAAGCUUUAUUUUGAGCCUUUUUCAAUAUAUACUUUUUUGAUAAGAGGUGAGCAAGCAGAGGAUAAGUUUCUGGGAAUUAUGUAUUCUUCAGCUUAAUUAAGAACCGAUUCAAGUCAAAAUGUCUCUUCAUGU